AUGGCUGCCUGCGAUACCCGUUUCAAGCUGAACACCGGUGCUGAGAUCCCCGCGCUCGGUCUGGGAACAUGGCAAUCCCAGCCUGGUGAGGUGGCUCGCGCUGUGUCCCACGCCAUCAAGGUCGGCUACCGUCACAUUGACGCUGCUCUGUGCUACCAAAAUGAGAAUGAGGUCGGCCAGGGAAUCAAGGAGGCCAUUGACGCUGGCAUCGUCACACGGAAGGACCUCUUCGUUACCACGAAGCUGUGGUCCUCUUACCACUCUCGUGUUGAGGAAGGCCUCCAGCAGAGUCUGACUAACCUCGGUCUCGACUAUGUUGACCUGUACCUCGUACACUGGCCCCUUGCCAUGAACCCCAACGGAAACCACCCCCUCUUCCCCAAGCUCGAAGAUGGGUCUCGUGAUAUCGUCCACGAUCACUCCCAUGUGACCACCUGGAAGAGCAUGGAGAAGCUCGUUGGCAACGGCAAGGUCAAGGCCAUCGGUGUCUCCAACUACAGUGUCCAGUACCUCGAGGAGCUGCUGCCCCAAGCCACCAUUGUUCCCGCCGUCAACCAGAUCGAGAACCACCCCUCGCUUCCCCAGCAAGAUACUGUCGACUUCUGCAACAAGGCCGGUAUUCACAUCACCGCCUACAGCCCUCUGGGCAGCACCGGUAGCCCCAUGUUCACUGCCGAGCCCAUUGUGGCUAUUGCCGAAAAGCGCGGAGUUACUCCGGCUUCUAUUCUUCUCAGCUACCACAUUGCCCGUGGAUCCUCCGUGCUCGCGAAGUCCGUGACUCCCGCUCGUAUCGAGGCCAACCGUGCCGACUUGAUCAAGUUGGAUGACGAGGAUCUCGCCGUGCUCCGCAAGUACAGUGACGGUCUCAAGGCAGAGGGCAAGCUCCAGCGCUUUGUCUUCCCUCCCUUCGGCUACACCUUCGGUUUCCCCGAUAAGCAGUAG